UCACAAGCUUUAGAUUCCCUUUCCACCUAUUCACAAGAAACAAAGUGAAGCUCGCGAAAGGGGAUAUAUACCUUGCUCCAUUCCUCUGCCUCCGCUGAACCAACAAGACAUCGCAUCCACUUCUUGAACCAAACCAGGAAACAACCCAAUCAUACGCCAAGGUUACCUUCUAAGCUUGAACUCUACCUUCACAACACCGCAACCAUGCCUUUGAUGUACACCAAGAACUGGGGCAACAAGCGUGUCGGAGGCGGCAUGCGCGUCGACAAGCACGGUGUCCACCGCAACCCAUUCCGCUUCAGCCUGGGCAGGCUCAACUGCUUCCGUUAAACAUCGACUGCCGAACAUGCCGAACACGAAAGAGGCAUUAUGAGAAAUACUCAUCACGACGACACGAAGUGGAGACAACAGCGAGGAGUAUCGAGCGAUUGUUGCAAUAGAUGAUUCAUUGUAUGAUGGACGGAACAAACAGCACGGUUUCUGUGAGAAGAGCAUGGUGGUUUUAUAUCAUAGCGAAGGGUAAAAUACCAAAUGUGAAAUUGAACGAAGUUUUUGACA